AUGCUGGGCAAACAGCAGAGUGAGGAUGACGUGCGACGCCUUUUCGAGACCUUUGGCCAGAUCGAGGAGUGCACCGUGCUACGAGGGCCUGAUGGGGCCAGUAAGGGCUGUGCCUUUGUCAAGUUUUCUAGCCACGCAGAGGCCCAGGCAGCCAUCAACAGCUUACACGGUGGACAGACGAUGCCGGGUGCCUCUUCCAGUCUAGUAGUUAAGUUUGCAGACACUGAUAAGGAGAGGACCCUGCGCAGGAUGCACCAGAUGGCUGGCCAGCUCGGCAUCUUCAGUCCCAUGACCAUUCAGUUUGGGGCCUAUGGCGCCUACUCUCACGCUGUAAGUCUCAGCCCGGCGGGGGAGGAGACGCAGAUGAUGCAACAGCAAGCCGCCCUGAUGGCAGCCACACAAGGCUCGUACCUGAACCCCAUGGCAGCCAUCGCAGCAGCGCAAAUGCAGCAAAUGGCAGCUUUCAAUGUCAACGGGCUGGUGGCAACUCCCAUGACUCCCUCCUCAGGCACCAGCACACCUCCAGGCAUCAGUGCCACUGCCGUCCCUAGCAUAGCCACACCAAUAGGAGUAAAUGGAUUCAGUGCCCUUCCGCCACAAAGCAACGGUCAGCCAACGUCUGAGCCCAUCUACACCAACGGGAUCCACCCUUAUCCAGCACAGAGUCCAACGGUGACUGACCCUCUCCAACAGGCUUACGCUGGCGUCCAGCACUACGCAGCAGCCUACCCUGCCGCCUAUGCGCCAAUCAGCCAAGCGUUCCCCCAGCAACCAACCAUCAUUCCCCAGCAACAGAGGGAAGGGCCAGAAGGUUGCAACCUGUUUAUUUAUCACCUGCCGCAAGAGUUUGGAGACGCGGAGCUCAUGCAAAUGUUCCUGCCUUUUGGCAACGUCAUUUCUGCCAAAGUCUUUGUGGACCGGGCGACCAAUCAGAGCAAGUGUUUUGGUUUUGUGAGUUUUGAUAAUCCGUCCAGUGCUCAAGCGGCGAUCCAGGCCAUGAAUGGUUUUCAGAUAGGCAUGAAGAGGCUGAAGGUACAGCUCAAGCGGCCAAAAGAUGCCAACCGACCUUACUGA